UGGCCGAAUCUGUUGUAUUGGCGGCAGGAGGUGGGCUGUGCGGCAGACAGCGCAACCUUUUUUUUUUAUUUAAUCUUUUUCAUUUCUGUCCCCUAGCUCUGCCUGUGACGACGAUGGUCACAUUUCACGGAAUAGUAACAUUGUUAUCUUAAGUACGUUACGCGUUUGCGAUGCAUACUACGGAAGUUGGCGUUAGUAACGUCCCUGCAUUUUUAGUUAAACUAUGGAAGCUUGUCGAAGACGAGAAAUGCAACGACCUGAUCAGCUGGAGCUCGAAUGGACAGAGCUUCAUCAUACACAAUCAGACGCAGUUUGCCAAGGAACUUCUGCCUCUCUACUUCAAGCACAACAACAUGGCAAGCUUGAUCAGGCAGCUGAAUAUGUAUGGCUUUCGCAAAGUGGCCAACAUAGACCAGGGUCUUAGGUCAGACCGAGAAGGAAUUGAAUUUUUCCAUAGCUGCUUCAUUCGGGGACAAGAAUGUCUGCUAGAAUACAUCAAACGAAAGGUGCCAUCUAGCCGGGGUGGAGCAGUUGUCCCUGAUGAUGGACGAGCACGCAGCGAGGUUUUCAAGGAGCUGCUUUCUGAUGUGGGCAGCAUGCAAGGUCGUCAAGAGCAGAUGGACCAGCUGCUUGCAGACAUGAAAAAAGAAAAUGGGGCAUUAUGGCGGGAAGUGGCUCGUUUACGCCAGGAGCACCUGAAGCAACAGCAAAUAGUUGAAAAGCUUAUCCAGUUCCUAAUCACCAUGGUGCAAGCCAACCGUAACAUCACUGUAAAGCGCAAGAUCCCACUCAUGCUUCAUGACAGUCCCAGCACACGUGCAAAGAUGCCCCGACUGGCCAAGAAUGCCUUUAUUGCCGACUACCAUGUUAGUUCACCUGCUGGUUCACAAGUCUCUGAAGGUCCCGUAAUUCACGAUGUGACUGAUCUAAUGGAAGACCUUAGUGAAACAAGUGCCAUUGUUGGUGAUCUGGUGACUCCUGCCCAGUCCCCCAAGACAAUAGAGGAGUCAGCUCCUGUGACACCAGUUCGGCUGAUUCCAUCAGCAGCCUUCAAUUACUUGGAUUCUAGUCCUAUAGUGGCUAGUCCUUUGAGUGCCACCGAAGCAAUAGAACCCCUGUGCCUCCUUGACCCCCUUCAGGAUGAGGAGGGUUCGUAUGUGCUACCGUGUGGCAUUGAAGAAGUGGUCAUAGAUUCAUCUGAUGACAGGCCAAGAGAACCAACUGCACCCUCUUCCAAAAGUCUAGUAGUGCCCAAUGAGAAGGCUCUUCAAGUUGUAACAUCUCCUUCUACUGCAGACAAGCAGGUCAUGUCUGCAAAUUCAGCAUUUUCUUCAUCUAUUUCGGUUGAUGACGAAAAGUCAACAAUUCUGGGUCAUAAGCAGGCGUCCAAUGGUGCAUCAGAUCUGCUAAGCAGUUGCAUCAUGCUGGAGGAUAUCCCCACGUUGGAGGGUGAGGUAGAGCCUCCUGAAACAGCCUCUCCAUUGGGCCUGGCUGACCUUGCAACGGAGGCGAGCUCCAAGCACAAAAAGGAGAAAGCAGUUGCACCUCGCAGUCCAGGAAUGCAGGUGGCGUUGCAUGACAAGGCUGCUGGUGCCGCAAAGGUUUUCUCGGAGCAUGUGGAAUCCAUAGAUUCCGACCUGGAUUGGUUGCAAGAUCAGCUGAUGAGUGGAGGACUCAACUUGGACACUUCCACACUGAUGGGGGUAUGUCCUGACUGGACAGGGCUUCUGUCAAAAGCCUCAAAGUUGUUUUCUCCCGAAGAUCCACUGACGUCAUGCUUGGGGUUGAUUGGAAGGGAACGAAACAAAGCAUCCAUUCAGGAAAAGAAGCUACCUACUGAGUUUAUAGUGAAUGCCAAGGAUGAACUUGAGCUGAAGAGCUUCAUGCAAGAAGGAGAUGAGCGGCGCAUGCCUUUCACUGAACUUGUCGAAGACUUGGCUACUGAAAGCAGCUCUAUUUCAGACACUGUUGGAAAUGAGGUGGUACAGUACACACCAAGCCUCCUUGACCUGGGCAUUGAAGACGACACCUCGUUUCAGCCUGUUAGUGAGCUCCUUUUGCCCGACGAUGAACUCCCAAGCAGCUCAUCUAUGCCAGCUAACAUUGAAUCUGUCAGCAGGCCUGGCUUCUUAGUUGCUUCUGAGAAGAGCCUAAGCUUGCAAUCUGCAUCCCCAUCGCACCUGCAACCAGACAGCGCCAAACUGGCGCAAACUGUGCCUCACUUAGUUGGAAAGAAAGGAAGUAUGCCAAGCAAGAAGCGCCGUGGAAAUAGCAAAAAGUAAAAUGGACUGUAAAAUUGAAAGGGAAAGGAGCUUAGUAAACUACAUCCGUAUUGAACCCAGUCUAACUAGUACCUUUACCCAGUUUCUCAUGUUACAUUGGUCUUUAUAAGCACAGGAUAUUAACUGUCUCAAGUAUUUGGCAUCAUUGCCUUCAGUUUUGACCAACACCUCUUAGCAGUACCUUUACAUGCAAUAUCUGCAUGCAUUUUACAGGUGUGCAGUAGCUUGUUAUUCUGCAUAUUGUGUUCCACGUGUUGAAGAUUGUGUAUUUAUGAGCUAUACACCUAUAACUAUUCUCUAUACAACAGUGAGAUUUCACCACACUUUUUUGUUUCAACUUGUGAUAACAUGCCUUUUCUGCCACCCUUUUCCCAUCUGCCAUUUAAAAAAAAAUAACUGUUUUCUGUAUCAUCUGCUCCAGUGUGACAUCUUCACACACACCAAGUACAUUGCAAAACCAACACUGUGAGCAGCAGUGUUGGCCAAGAGAAUUAAAAAACAUUUCAAUUGCUUCUGCAUUACUUAUUGUACUUUAAAAUUUCCAGCUGUCUUGUGCACAUUGUACACCAUUGCAGUGGAAAAACACACAAGGUUGGAGAUGGUUAAAUAAAAGUUCUGUUCUGUUGGC